GUGCUGCAGUGCGAGGGACGCGGCGGUGACGUCAGAAUGUGGCGCAGGCAGAUGGGGAGCCAUCAAACCGAGACCGCAGCCAACACCAUGACAAGGUAUGGUGAUAGACGGGCUGUGGUUUGGUACUGAUCGGAAAGCAUGGGGCUCAGGCUCAAUGGCAAGGGUCAACAGAGCCAUAGGAUGGUGAUCUUCUUUGCCGUCUUCAUCCUGAUGACCCUCCUCAUCUUCUACACCUCGAACAAUAGCAAUGAAGCAGUCUACACUCCCUUCCACGUGGCAGCAACUAAAGCCGUCACAGCUAAAGACCUCAAGAGGUGGUCCAGGAAAGAUGGCUUUGUGCCAGUAUAUGGGAACAAAAGUUUGGCUCUGCACUGUGGGAACUGUGCGCUGGUGACCAGCUCCAGCCACGUCCUGUCGAGUCGGGCAGGAGAGGAGAUAGAUCGUAUGGAGUGUGUGAUUCGUAUGAACGACGCUCCCACUCUGGGGUACGAGGCUGAUGUCGGAAACCGGACCACCCUUAGGGUAGUAGCCCACACCAGCGUCUUCAGGGUGGUCCGACGGCCGAACGAGUACCUGCGACAAACUGACAGGAAUUUUACAAUCGUCUUCUGGGGACCACCAAAUAAGAUCGAGAAGAAUGCCAAAGGAACAUUGUACAGAUUGAUCCAGAGAGUCGGCAUGACCUACAGCAACGUUUCCUUUUUUAGCAUCGCACCCAACAGGAUGAGAAAAUUUGAUAAUCUGUUUCACAAAGAGACCGGACGAGACAGACAAAAAUCUCACUCGUGGUUGAGCACAGGUUGGUUCACAAUGGUCAUAGCCAUUGAGAUAUGUGAUAACAUUAAAGUAUAUGGGAUGGUUCCACCCAAUUACUGCGGGAAAAAACCUUUAUCAAAGAAGAUGCCCUACCACUACUACAAACCCAGGGGAUCUGAUGAAUGUCUCAUGUACAUCCAGAAUGAAAGCAGCCGAAGAGGAAGCCACCAUCGCUUUAUUACAGAGAAACAAGUGUUUGGACGCUGGGCAAAGCUGUACAACAUCACAUUUACUCACCCCACAUGGUGAGAAUGAGCUCCCACUAAAGUCUGGAUGAGAACCAUGGGAUGGAGUUCAUUUAAUAUUUACAUUAUGAAUAGUGGCCAUUUUCAACCUGCCAAAAGAAUGGAGCAUGUGUAAACAAGUCGUUGGACUCACUGAAGGUUUUUUUUUUGCAGCAGCAGCAUCAAAGUGCAGUUACGCAGUUCUGAAGCUUUGUACAUAAACCAAACCAUGAGCACUGAAACAAAAGUUUUUGUAAAUAGAAUUCAAUUUAUUUUUUACUUUGUAUCAUGAUUAGUUACUUUCCAUAUUGAAAGAAU